CUUACAAGUCUCACAUCGCAAUAGCAUCAUGGUGGACAACCAGUCGCGCCGUGGACGCCAUCGCUCUAAGACUCCUCUACGCAGCUCGGCAAAGUCUAAAGCUUCAACGUCCCGCAGUCGGCAGCGGCCAACUGCUCGUACUCGCAAUGGUGUUAAAGCUCAAAGUCAAGCGACCACUCUACCAUCCGAUCUCUGGACUCAACUCGUACCAUUUCUGACAUGGCGAGACACCAGCGCAAUGCUGAGCGUCUGUUGCGAGUGGAGACGCGUAGUUAAUGAAGCGAAGAAGCUUCAUCCGGAGUGGCGAUCCACGGUUUUAGGUCCGUCCGUCAAUGGCCUCGAGAGUCUCGAACUGCUGCGAGCCAACCACUUGAAAUGGGCCGACACGCGCUUCGCACCGGACUUGGUGCUGCUCAUUGCUGCUAGUAUAGACCCCAGUCCGUGGCAUAGUGGUGGGUAUUGGGAAGAAGUUGUUGCUGCUAUUGAAGAGGCGAGACUGCUACCUCCAGCGUGUAGACUUGUGAUGAUGUUCACACUAAACGCAGUGCUGGGGACAAGAGAGGACGAAGUGGAGGAAGAAGGAAGUUCUAGCGCCGUGACGCUGUCCAUUUCAGUUGCUCAUUUACCGGAGACGACGUUGGAGAACGCUGAGUUCGACAGAAAGGAGCUGAGAAGAUGUAAACGAGGAGUGGAGCUCGACAACCCGUUUACUGCAUUGGAAGGGAAAGAUGCGCCGUCUUUUAUGCUAUUCGGAGUGAACGACCAGAGUGCGGAUCAACUCGUACACGUUCUGGAUGAAUGGUAUCCCACGGCUACAGUCAUUGGUGCUGUAUCACCGCUUAUUGAUCGUUGUGUCCCCCUUGCGACCUACAAAGCACCAGUCAACCAAGACCGAGCACGUAAGAAGAGAGGAGGCAAGCCACUACGUCGCCCACGUCAAGUAGUUUUCCCCUCGACGAUGCUACUUCGUCUCCACGGAAACGUCGGCGUCAGAAGCUUCUCCUCUAGCGGCUAUUACCCGAUCACGCCCGUGGUUCAAUGCGAACGUGCGAGUGUAGCUGAAGAACUGAGUCAAGUGGUGACGUACGAUCUCGUCUCGACGUCAGAAGGCUCGCAACACGUCCUGGACCUCAUCGAUCCGUCCGAAAGGCUCGCUAUUGAACAAGAAGGCAGGACGCUAAACAUCUUCUCGUGUUCAGAUAGCGCACCGCUCGAACGCCUUGUCGACUUUAACUCUAACGAGGACACUCUAACUACAGCCCGUAUCGAUCGAUUAGAGUUCGUCUUCUGGCUGCAGGACCGGCUGAUGGCUCUACCCGGCCUUUGCUGGCAGGAAGGAGACUAUGGAGUUCUCGCUUCCCACCAGUCGACACGGACGUCUCAGGCACUAACAGAGGCGCUUGAACGCACUAAGUCAGGCCUUACCGAGCGUGCAUUCGGAGCCUUUACAGUUGCAGGGGCGUUGAAUGACGUCGACGAUUCAGUUCACGCGAACCAGGUCAGUGAGAUCUUCACCGACGUCUUCCAAGAGCUCCAGAUAGGCGGCUGUAUCGUUAGCACCAGCGUCGGUCCAGUUGCAAUCCCUGGACGUCAGUUACCUGGGCGGAACAGAACACAAGUCCAGACACACACAACGUGCGGGGCCGUCUUCUACACGACUCAAUAGCUCAGCAUAAUGUAUGAAACGCUAGCUCGUGUACCUGCUUACGCCCGUCCGAACAACUGCCGCAACACUUCUUCGUCUUUCUUCUUCUCCGCGUCGCAUUGCCAGCGCAGUGCCUGGAAGAGAUCAGCCAACAUCUCUCCUUGUCGCUCAGCCACUCGCUCCAAAAAGGAACCAUGGCCAGUGUCGACGGGGAAGCUGUCCUGGAUCUUCCGUAGCAAGAACUCGUGGUGUUCCUUACGAGCUACGGCGCUUUCCUUCCGAAACCGCUUGACGGCUUCUUCCAGUUUGCUGUUCUGCUGUUGAAUGAUCUCUGUGAGGUACAAGGUCGACGAACCUUCGACGUCUUCAGCUCUUGAGCGCUUACGAGACGUCCGUGUCGAGGCACUCGCGUGUGAAUCACGACGAACUCGAGGCGGAACUGAACGAGAGAUCACGACUGGAGCACUCGAGUCGCUGUCUGAAGCCUCGUCUUCAGAGGAUUCCGAGUCUUCUUCAUCCUCGUCCUCAUGUACAGCAACGUCAGCCUUCUUCGACACUGAGUGGUUCUUCUUCUUGUAAGUGCAGCGUUCCACAACAGCCUCAAUGUCGACGUAUCGAGAAGAUGACGCAUCGUUCGGAGGCUUGUACGUCUUCUUCUUCGUCUCUCCCAGUUUGACCCGUAACUUGGCAUCGAUCUUGUCAAUCACGUCGUAGAUCUGUUCGUCCACAGUGGUUAGCCCGUUGAAGCUGCGAUACGACUUGCUCACUCUGUUCGUGAUCUCAUCCCGGUCUUCCAAGUCCAGCUCAAACCAAGACAAGCACUUGGUCUCCGCUGCCUUUUGGUCGUAGAAGUAAAUGAACUCGUACGAGUCCAGAACGAACCUCGCUAGGCCCACAGCUGCAACCAGAGAGUUCGUACCGCCCAGCUCUUCAUAUUUCCGGAAGAAUCGAUCCUUCUCCUCUUCGAACACAUAGCGACGACUGCGUCUUCCUUCCAGUAACUCCCCACACGCUUCACCGAGUUUAAGCAGCUCUUCUUUGCUCCAAUUCGCAGCCACAUACUUGUCAGGUUUCUGACCGACAUGGCUCUGCUCCUUUGUAUCGUUCUUCGCUAGUUUCCCAUGCUUACGCUUCGCAGCUUUGUCGUCAGCUCCGCUCGCCUUCCUGUCCAAGAUCCGCGUCAUAGAGUUGAACAUUUCUUCGUUAAGAUCGAUCACCGUCUUGUUCCCCCAGCUCCGGAUCUCAACCAGUCGCUCUUCUGGCGUCAUCUUGAACCACGAACUGUCGCCACGCUCAGCGAUGAACGCCGCGAUGUUGCCAUAAGACGCGUUCAACGCGAUCAUUUUGUUGCGUACACUGUUCAGCGUGCGAUUCCUGUUAGCUGAACCCUCUCGCUUCAUGAACAGAGCGUAGGCUUCGUGGAUAGCAGCCGUCAACUUGGUGCUCUUGGUCAUUUCCGACGCUUCUUCCCACGCUUGGAUCAGGUUCCAGAUCUCCUCUGCAGGCCAAUUGU